AUGGUACGUGAACCGAAUAAUAAGCCGGCCAAACGAGUAUGGGAGUCGGUACAGCAGUACACAGUCCGGUGUGGCAAGUGCGCGAAAUGGAGGCUCAUACCCACCAAAGAAAAGUACGAGCAGAUAAGGGAAAGGAUUGGCCAAGAAUCUUUCGUGUGCGAAACGGGCCGCGAAUGGAGGCCCAAUAUAUCUUGCAAUGACGAGCCCGAUAUUCAGCAGGACGGAAGCUUGAUGUGGGCCAUGGACAAGCCCGGCGUGCCUCAGACUCCAGCCAACUGGCAGCGAAUUAUACGGGUCAGGGCAGAAGGGGGCACUAAGUUUGCCGACGUCUACUACGUGUCACCAUCGAACAAGAGGUUGCGUUCUAAGGUUGAGCUCGAAAGGUAUCUAGCCGAGAACCCGAGUUACAAACGAGAAGGUGUUGACAUUUCUCGGUUCUCUUUCCAAUCACCGGUGGCUUUGGAAGCCGACUAUGUUAAUGCCAAGCGUCGACUUGUGGCGACUUCUUCUCCGGAUAAGAGCGGUAUUUUGAGUAAUUAG